AUGGAAGUAGCUGAUGAGAUUCUCUCGAAAGUCCAUGAAGAGACCAAGAUCUCCUAUAAAGCUUCUUUGCUAUCAACACCAGGAAUUAGUACAGAAGAUCAUUCCUUUCUUACCAAUGAGAUCGAGGAAGAUACUCCUAAUCCGGAAGAUCGGUGGUACAUGGAGGAAGGUGGCCCUUCUGAGGGCGAGAAGCCCUUUGACCCUUGUCCGGUCAUUCCGAUCUCUAAGGAGGAAUUCAAUGAAUGGUGUAAACCAUGGAAAGCAGCACUUAUUGUCAAAGUUCUUGGCAAAAGAGUGCACCAAGGCUUCAUAGAACAACGUCUAAAUAGAGACUGGGUUAAAAAAGGUAGGAUUAAUAUUAUUGAUAUGGAUCGUGACUAUUUCUUGGUUCAUUUUUCAGAUGAGGAAGAUUACACUCAUGCUCUUCUUGGAGGACCUUGGAUGAUUGCCGGACAUUAUCUUAUUGUUCAAAGAUGGAGGCUUUUCUUUCUCUCUUCUGAGAGUGCAGUCAGGAAAAUAGCAGCAUGGAUACGUAUUCCAAACCUACCUAUUGAGCUAUAUAACCACCAUUUUCUGUGGCGUGUUGGAUCCACCAUUGGAAAUAUGCUCAAGAUCGACAAAACUACGUCUAUUCAAUCAAGAGGGAAGUUUGCUAGAAUAUGUGUGGAAAUCGAUUUAUCUAAAAAACUUGUACCACGAAUCUCGGUCAUGGAAAAUAUUCUUAACAUAGAGUAUGAAGGGCUCCACCUCAUCUGCUUCUCGUGUGGAAAAUAUGGGCACAGGGCUGAUCAGUGCAGUGAAGGUGUUGCGACCAAGGACGCUCAGCCGAGAACGGGAGUCUCCGGGGAACCAACAGUGGAUAUGGAAAGUCAUGAUUUGUGCGAUAAUCAAGGCAUGAAGGAAAGCCAAGAUAACAAUAGUAGGCUCAAUCAGGAUCCCCCUGACUUUGGUCCGUGGAUGAUGGUGAGGAGGCAAGUCCGGAAGAAACAGGAAAGAAUCUCGUCUAAUUUAACUAAAUCCGUUCCUUCUAAUAAUAACCUUCUCAUUGUGGAAGAUGCUACAGAUGAUAUAAGGCAAAAAGUGGAAGGUAGAUCCAGGAACCCCGAGACCGAAUUGAAAGAAAAAGAGAUCUUGAAUCGUAUGAGGGAAAUUGAGAAACAACAAUGGGAAGCCUUUGACAUGACAAAGAGAGUGAAUGUGCUAUUUGAAGAUAACAUUGCGAAGAGUGAAUUCAUGUGUGAUCAUUCGAGUAAGCGGCCCCUCUCAGUGAAGAUGAAGGGAAAGAACGUGGAGGUGGAGUCACCGAAGAAACCUCCGGAUCUCAGCACGGGGGUCCCAGGAGCGGGUGGUAAAGGUUUUCCCACUCUUAUAAGGGAUUUGAGGAGAAAUUAUGAAGCUCAUCUGAUCAUUUUACUUGAGACCCACAUCAGUGGGGACCGGGGUAAAAUUAUUAGAAAUAAAAUAGGGUUUGAUAGCUGCUGUGUGGAAGAGGCCAGGGGCCAUUCGGGAGGUAUUUGGGUUUUGUGGGAUUUCCAUUACUGGAAAGUGGAGGCUAUUCAGCAACAUAUUCAGUUUAUUCAUUUGAAGAUCGAAGGUAGAGAUUCUAUGCCCUGGAUGCUAACGGCUAUCUAUAGGAGUCCUCAGAGAUUGAUGCGUAAGUCACUUUGGGAUAAUCUUCGAGAUCUUCGGAAUUCUGUUGAUCUUCCUUGGUGCACCAUUGGCGACUUUAAUGCCAUCUUACACAGUUAUGAAAAAAAGGGGAGGAGCUCCUUCUCAAAGUGGUGA